AUGUCUUGCGCUUGGAAGCGACACUCAAAGCGCUGCUCGCUAUUGGGGGAAGUAGCUGCGUUCGUCCCUGACCUGGUUUUGGCUGAGGACUUGAGGCACGACACCCGCAUUCUYCAGGACUUCCAUGGAGUCUUGCUCUUUGCGGAUGUCUCAGGCUUCACUGCUCUGACAGAGAAGUUCAGUCAGAGCACCAGCCUCGACCAGGGUGCAGAUGAGUUAACGCAGACCCUCAAUCGCUACAUGGGUGACAUCUUGGAGGAGAUGCUCACUUUUGGAGGCGACAUCCUGAAGUUUGCUGGAGAUGCUGUGCUGGUGCUCUGGAGAGUAAGGCAAGCCCAGCUGAGGGACACCAUCAGCCUGGUGCUGCAGUGUAGCCAGCGGAUCCAGCAGAAAUACGGGAUGCGGCAGACGGAUGUGGGUCUGAAGCUCCGCCUGAAGAUAGGGAUCUCCGCAGGGCGUAUGUCCUUCGUCACAGUGGGAGAUCAAAAGGAGCUGCGCUUCCUGAUCUUUGGCCAGGCUGUGGGGGACGCCUGGCAGGCGCAAAAUGCUGCCAAUGCAAGUGACAUCAUCCUAUCAGCCCGCGGCUGGGAGCUGUGUAACCAGACAAGGGUCAGGACGAGGAGACUUGCCGGGCCUGUUGUGAAGGUUCUAGGCAUGGACCAGAUGUCUGAAUGUGAAUAUGAAGACAUCUUGUCCAAGGUGAACCGAGGCCGGCUAAACUCCUCUCUGCCUCAGCAGGCAGGCAUCCUGAGACCUGCUGUUACCCUGCCCCCUUGGUGUCCUCUGGGGCAGGUCCUGCACAAGUACAUCCCAGCAACUGUUGUGCAGAAGAUCGAUGAUGGACAGCCCCUGGAGUGCUUAUCUGAGCUACGUCCGGUGAGCUGCCUSUUUGUCAAGCUGCACUUUGCGGCAGACGUUAGCCGAAAGCAGCUGUGCAAGGGGAUCCAGGACAGCAGCCUCAUUAUAUCGGCAAUCCUGCGUCCCUGCAAGGGCCAGGUCAACAAAAUCUGCAUGUUUGACAAAGGCUGCACGCUGCUCUGUGUGUUUGGACUCCCUGGUGACAAGGUGCCCGGCGAAAGCAUCCACGCCUUGGAAAGUGCUCUCAGGAUCUCCAAGGCGUGCGUCUCGAGGUCCACCAAACUCGAAGCGGUCUCCGUUGGGGUCACAAGCGGGACGGUGUUCUGCGGAGUCGUGGGCCAUCGCAUGAGGCACGAGUACACAGUCAUUGGCCAGAAAGUGAACUUGGCAGCCCGCCUGAUGGAAUCCUAUCCUGGGGUAGUGUCGUGUGACACAGCAACCUAUGSUGCCUCUCGGCUGCCCCAGGCCUGCUUCAAGGAGCUGCCCGAGGUCAAGAUGAAGGGAGUUGUUGAUCCUGGCCCCAUCUAUCAAUACGUUGGCAUCUCMGAAGAGCUCAUGUUUGGUAUGGAGCUUAAAAAGGAGAGGCACGAGAAUUCCCCCUUGCUCGGGCGGGAGAAGGAGAUUGCCCUCUUUCAAAGAUACGUGCAAGCGUAUGUGGCUCGGAAGGAAAGCCACAUCCUGGCACUUGAGGGCAUGAAAGGCUCUGGAAAGAGCCAUUUACUCUCGGAACUUGCCCAUUUAGGCCGGGCUGCUGGGCACAGGGUAGUGGCUGUGGCACUGACAGAGCUCAGCGUGAAGCAGGACUACUCGGUGGUGCGAGUGAUGCUGGCCAUGGCAAUGGGCCUGCAGGCCUGCACAUCCUGCAGCGCCAGGCAAGUGGUCCUGCAGGAGAAGCUGCAAGGGCUCCUGGAAGAGAGCAGCUACUGCCUCCUCAAYGCCUCUUUCCUGGUUGAGUUUCCGGUGUCACAGAAGGUUUCCCAGCUGAGCAAUGCUCAAAGGACACUGGAAGAAGAGGUGACUUUUAAGAAAGUGCUCCGGAAGACUUUUGAAGACAACAUCAUCUUCGUCAUUGACAACGCGCACUAUAUCGACUCUUCCUCCUGGGCUGUUAUGUCGCACGUGCUCAGAGACRUGCCAAGCUUGGUGGUCAUGGGCUUUGCUCCUGGUCCCUGUAGAGGACAGAGGCUUUGCAAAGCUGCAGCAGACAUCAGGAAGUUGCAGCAAACAACCUACAUUCGGCUGGAGGAGCUGAGCCCUUCAGCUGUGGUGCAGAAAGCCUGCCAGUACCUCGGAGUGCUCAGCGUGCCYCAUGACCUAGAGACGUUCCUGAUGCAGAGAAGUGGUGGGAUGCCCUACUACUGUGAGGAACUGCUGAGCUACCUCCGUGAGAACAACAUGCUCUUGCUCCGCCCAUUAGGGAAGGCUGAAAGAAGAGAGGCCGAGUGGGAGAAGCUCUUCACUUCUGUGAUGGAGGCUCCUCUUGUUGGCCCGUCCAGAAGGUCCAGCACGCRCCAGGACUGCAGGGUGUGCACCRUCAAAGCUGAUGUGAACCUGCAGCACACGGUGCUUCCUCCCAGCCUGAAAGGGAUUGCGCUGACUGAGCUGGACAGCAUGAAUUUCUCGGAACGGAUGGUUUUGAAGUGUGCAGCCAUCCUUGGGCCYGUGUUCAGCACGGAGCUACUCUUCCACAUCCUUCCCAAGUGGACCAGGGCCAAGAUGAAGCAGAUCCUGAGCAUCUUGGUGAAAAGCAACAUCUUGAGGUGGCAGAAUGCCAAAACAGUGGCAGAAGACAGCAGUAUUUCCAUCAAGUGGUCUGCCACAACUCAGGAGGAAGAGAAUGAUGAGCAGAAGACAGAGGAGCUGCAGUCCRAUGUGCUGGCCUUCCAUGCCCCAUUGCUGCGGGAGGCCGCGUACGAGCUGUGGCYCAAGGCGCAGAGGGUGGCCAUGCACCACAAGUGCGCAGCCUUCCUGGAGAAGCAAGCGCACAGGUGCCCGUGCUGCGGCGGAGGGGACUUUGUGGCCUUCCACCGCUUUGCCAUCAGCAGCACCCUGGAGGGAGACAGCUGUGACAACGAUGCUGGCGAAGGCUGCUCUGCCAGCUGGACAAACGARGAAGCCAUGAGGAAUGAGCUCCCUACCACUCCGGAUCCUGCAAUWGCCCRGCAGAACAAGAUGAGCUUCUGGGAUGAGACUUUACGAGCCACAGAAGAGCUUGUGGCCAAGACAGAAGAGAYGCUGCUCAGCAAGACCAAAGGGCCGCACGGUGCCGCACGCUCCUGUGAAUGCAAGUCCAUUGUGGACUUGGUGCUCGUGCCCUUGGCUCACCACCACCUGGCCCUGGGCAAUGACGCCAGAGCGCUUUAUUAUCUGCUGGAAAGUGCCGCUGCCUACUUGCAUGUCUCCAACAACUACCUGGCCUUCACAAGUCUGAGAAAAGCCGAGGUCUUGAGGAACUGCAUGGCCCAGAAAGGCGAGAGGCUUGYCAGCUUUGAAGAAGCCACCUUCCUCAGCCUGAAGGGAGAGGUGUGCUACAAUAGGGGAUGCCUGGAGCUGGCAGGGAAGACAAUCAGGAAGGCAUUGAGCCUCCUGAAGAGGAGAUUCCCACUCACCUCGGCUGGUGUCUUCUUGAAGUGUCUSCUGGAGAAGUCACCCCAUGCCUCUUAUAGGAAGAGCAGGACGCGACCUCAAGAGGCAGGGAGGGAGAGGCUGCCCUGGCUGUUGCGGCAGAGCCGCUGCCUUGCCUUACUGCGGCAGCUCUUCGGCCAGCAGAGCACUUCCAGCGGCCAGAGACUCUCGCGCCUGGCAGCGCGGAUGAAGCUCGUCACAGACAUGGAGACUGAGCACGCGAGUCACAUCCUACAGUGCUACUUGGAGCACGCGCAGCACUGUCAGGAGCAGGGCAGCCUGGAUGAGUGGCUGCAGUACGGGUGGGCGGCCGUGCAGCUGAGCACUGACGUGGCGCCUUUUGAAGGAGGGGUAUUAAAUGCUGCAGAAAUCGCCCAGGCCCUGUCCGAUCUGAACCUCAGCCUGGGAAAUCUGCCCCUCUCUGCCAACGUUGGCUAUCGUGCCAUGAAGCUGAGCAUGGAGCUGGAGAAGCCUGACCUGGACUACAAGGUCCUCACUACACUCUUCACAGCACUCCUGCUCCAGAUGAGUGGAGGGCAGAACUGCUUCUCUGAGAUACGUAUGUACUCCACAGGCUGGGAGUACAAGUCAUUUGAAGAGUGCAGGAGAUUCAUAGAGUGCAAUGAAGAGAACUGCACCCUCAAAUCUCAGAAGAGCAUCCUGCUGCGGCUGUAUUCAUCUCUGGCUCUUUGGUUUGCGAGGCUUGGCCAGUGGGACAGCUUCCAGCAGCCCUUUGAAAAGGCCAAGCAGCUGCUGAGGAGAGGCGACGGCUCCUUUUGUGCUACRCAAGCACGCACGCGGCUGCUGGAGUGCUACAUCCUGGUGCUGAAAAAUGACCUGGAGCACAGCUCGUCGAGGGCCCGGGAGAGCAGCCGAGAGGCUUUAAAGCUUGCAGAAGAGGUUCUCUCUCGCUGCUUCGCAUGCCCGGUCUUCUACCCCAGAGUGCACCACCUGCGAGCCUACCUUUGGCACAUGCUGGGGAAGAAAGGAGAGAGCCUUUCAUGCCUCGACCAGGCCCUCCAAGCCAGUAAGGUGCAUGGCAACCUUCUGGAGAAGACCUGGCUGGAGAUGAGCACUAUGCUCAUGUAUCAAAGACAUGCCUACAUCAUUGAGCCUCCCCCAUGUAAGACCGCAAACAGCCUGCAAACAUGGGAUCUUGAGCUCUGCCUUGCCCAGSAGGAUGUUGUGAGGGACGGUGUGAAAAGCUUUGCUGAAGUACAGAUAGACGACAUCUACCGCUUUGCCCUCAUCUAUCCAGCCAGCCACUCCAUUAUAGAAGGCUAUCAGCUGUGGAGGCACAGGGCAGCUGUGCUGGACAUACCGCUCAGGGGCCGGGAGGAUGGGAAAAGUGUGGAGGUGGUUGCCGAGAGCCUGCAGGUGCUGGSAAAGGUGCUGGGGCAGCUGAAGGCAACGGCCAUGGGCUCUGCCUUAGAAGAGAUUGUCAGGUCCACCCGAGCAUUCUUGGGGGUGAUAAGUGACAUUGCUUGUUGA